GACUAUGUUAAGAUGUUUGGGCAGAAGUUGACUGAAUCGUAAGUUAUCUGUCGUAUUUAAAAAUUUUUCGUGUAAUGUGACAUUUAAUUAAAAACUCUAUAUGCAUGUAUGGGUAAUUCAUGAUUAUAUAUAUAUAUAUAUAUAUAUAUAUAUAUAUAUAUAUAUAUAUAAUCUUCAACAACAACUUGAUUCUUUGUAGAGUUGCAAAGGGAUUUGAAAAUUUGCGUGACACCAUAAAAAACAAAUUGAAAGUUGCUACGGAUUUUGCCAAAUUGACUGUGAACGAAUUAAAAGAAAUUCCGCAAGAUGUCCUUGGUUCUUUACAGGUACGACAAUGUUGUAUAGGUCUUCCAACAUUCCUUCUUUUCGGUAUAUUUUAAAGACUUUUUUCAAAUUUCCCAUUCGCACGAAAAAGAUCCAAAUUCUGUAUUAUUGUAACCAGAAAUUUUUUGUAUAACCAUGUAUUUUUUGAAUUUUUUUCUGUGUUGGUGUUGUGUACUCAGGUGAAUAAUAUGUUUGCGAUGUUACUCUGAGUGCAUAUCCACACCGGGCGAGCUUGAAAAAUAUGCCCGGCCACAGUGGGAUUCGAACCUACGACCUUUGGAAUACUAGCCCAAUGCUCUUCCAACUGAGCUACGCGGUCAGGACGGUUCGAGUAAGUGAUAUUUCGGAACAGUAUCUAGUUCCUUCAAUACCAAUUGAAGGAACUAGAUACUGUUCCGAAAUAUCACUUACUCGAUUCAACCGUCCUGACCGCGUAGCUCAGUUGGAAGAGCAUUGGGCUAGUAUUCCAAAGGUCGUAGGUUCGAAUCCCACUGUGGCCGGGCAUAUUUUUCAAGCUCGCCCGGUGUAUCCACUCAGAGUAACAUCGCAAACACAUGUAUUUUUUGUUCUGCAGGAAGGUUUGGAGUAUAUGAUACCACAGCAGCUCUCUGGUAUUGCUGAGAGACUCAAGUACUUUACCAAGCAAAAUCUUCAUAAUGUUCUAUCACGAAUUCCAACGACAACAUUUGAGGAUUCCCUGGUUGCCUUAAAUGUGAGACUUACCAUUUUUAUAUGUUGAAAUUGUGAUUUUUGUGAAUUGGGAUUAUCUGGUACUGAAAUUAAUACAACCGUCAUGCCGAACCCUUCGUUUUCUCUAUUGUUUACCAGUCAGUCGCAGUCUAAGUUUAACUAUAUAGCUACGUAAACUAAAGUUGUUUCUAUCAUAGCGAUUGAGGCACGCCGGUUGUUGAUAAUGUUUGUUCUCAUCGUGCCGAUGAGUAAGACUACGAAUUUCACAAUUUACAUAUAUAUAUACAGGGUGUCCCAAAACAAAUUUCCCCUAUCAUAUUUUGUGGUACUACAUCGUUACCUGUAAUCGAAUAUUCAAAUUUUUUCAUUUUUUUAUCAAUGAACAUAUUACGUUAAUCGUUGCAUUUUUUUCGCACAAAAAUAUUUAACCGUUCGCCUUCUAGAGUUACUUAAGGUGGCGACACCAAUAUUGACACUUGUCCAAAUUGUGAAUAUUAGGUUUAAACAUAUUACGGAACGUAAUAAAAUAUUUUAAUGGUAAAUGGCUACAUAUCUUUUCUAAAACUUGUAAUUAGUUGUAGCCAAAAUCGCGAAUUAAUUUUCUGUAAAAAUAAUGAAGCAAUCCCCAGGAAAAGGGAAAGACUAGUGCUGAAAUCCCAACAUUGAACGAAAAACAGCAAAUUUAUGGCAUUUUCCCAACCUUCGCUUUGCCUUUGUCCAUUUGCCAGGGAUUUUUCAUAUUUUUUUUAUUAAUUUCUACAAGAAAAAGUUUAAUAAUAGAGAUAAAAAAAUUUGUUUUUGAGCAGAAAGGUGGGUAGAAACUUUAGAAACCCUUGCAUUAUUUUUAACCUAAUUUCUGUAAUUUGGACGGGUUGCAAAACUGGUGUCGCCACCUUAAGUAUCUCUAGAAGCCGAACGGUUUAGUCUUUUGGUGAGAUAAAUACUACGAUUAAUAUACGAAACACUCUGUAGCGAUGACAGUUCACACAGUUUCACGAAACACUGUGUAGCGAUGAAAUAAAAUUUUAAGAUUGAAAUUUGUUGUUUUUGAUUUUGUAUUUGCUCUACUGAUUUAUUAGUGUUGAGCACUCUAGUUCACUACGCACAAUAUUAUAUAUUAUAUUGUUUACUCGGAAAUAUGAUAAGGAGAAAAUGUUCUCGAGUGAGUAUUUCAUAAUUUCCAGACCGUGCGCAAGCGGAAAACGUUGCCGCCAAUCCCAGCUGUGGUCUGGAAAUUAUGAAAUACAUAAUAUAUAUACACACUGCAUGGUUCUAUACUUUAUUUUGUAUUUUUAGCUGCAAGUUGAUUUUGAUCAUGAUCAACUUCGUGAAUUUGCCCUGGCGGGAUUACGUACGUUUGGAAAAGAUGUCGGAAACUGGACCAAAGAUGCCUUGAAUAAAAUGGAGAGAUUCCUGAUGGGAUUAGAAAAUUCAGAAAUUGUAGAAAUCGCUGGCGAUGCCCUUAAGUUAAGGUAAGAUGUUUUCCACAAGAUCUUUUCCAGAAUAUCUAACAAGUUUGUGCUGCGAUUGCAGUGCCAAACUGAAAGCUUGCAUGUAUGCAGAAUAUCUAAAAAUUUGGCGUUGCAAUUGCAGUGCCAAACUCAAAGCUUGCAUGCAAAAUAUCUAAAAAUUUGGUGUUGCAAUUGCAGUGCCAAACUCAAAGCUUGCAUGCAGAAUAUCUAACAAUUUGGCUCUGCAAUUGCAGUGCCAAACUCAAAGCUUGCAUGCAGAAUAUCUAACAAUUUGGCUCUGCAAUUGCAGUGCCAAACUCAAAGUUUACAUGCAGAAUAUCUAACAAUUUGGCGCUGCAAUUGCAGUGCCAAGCUCAAAGCUUUCAUGGAGAAUUUGUAACAAUUUGGCGUUGCAAUUGCAGUGCCAAAAUCGAAACAUUCAUAAUUUGCAAAAAGGAAUAAUAUAUCUGGAUUUUAGUAACGUUUUUUCCUUAUGUUGCCACAUUGUAAGUAUCGCGACGAACUUGUCUUAUCCAGAUUGGAUAAAUAUGCGUUAAUCAUUUAAUUCCAGCAAUAACAUUAUCCUUGAGAUCAUGUUCAUUCAAUUUUCUCAAAAUUUCAUAUUAUCUGUCCAGGGUUUCAUUCUUCGUGUUAUCGCCAUUUGUUGCUUAAAUUAACAGAUAAAUUGCUUGCUAAUACCCUACUAUAUUUUAAUUUUUAUCAACAUUUUAGUGAAAUUUCGUGCUGAAAAUGCAGUUUUAUUGAAUAUUUGUUCGAAAAUUGACUAAAUGGAAUAUUUCACUUAACUUUAGAACGUGUUCGAUUUAAAAUCGAAGCGUUUUCCCCUAUACUCUGGAGGGAUGACAUCAUCGCCCAAGAAUUGGUAUAGAUAAUCACACGGGAGGGAGUGCAACUAAUGAUUAACACUACGAGUGAAUUUUGAAAAAUGUUCCAAAAUCGCACUGGCCGCCGAGGCGAGGAGUGUUAAUCAUUAGUUGCACGUCUUGCCCAUGUGAUUAUGUAUUUCUUAUAUACAUGACGAACUAUUCCCCGGUAUUGUUGUUACGUGAAUGCAGAGAACGCAUGGAUGUAUAUUUUGGAAGAUACUGAUUGAAGUACUAAACAAGAUCUGGUUUGAUAUUUUUUGUGUGUGUGUUUUGAUGUUAUGUACUCAGGUGAAUAUAAUGUAUUUGAUGUUACGCUGCAGAGUGUAUAUCCACACUGGGGAGGAUGAAAAGUUGACCUGACCACGGUGGGAAUCGAACCCGCGACCUUUAUGGGAUACUUGUCCAAUGCUCUGCCAACUGAGCUAUACGAGGCCAAGUCUGUUCGAGUGUGUGGUAUUUCGGAACUAAGUCUAGUACCUUCGAUACCAAUGUGUUCUAUGAUCAUGAUAUUUUUUUGUGUGUUUGAACUAUAGGCUAUACCAGAAAUAACUAUAAAAGUUUUCCUGAACAAUAAAUUGUUUAAGAUUUAUGUGAAGUUGAAGUAUUUAACAUUCGAAAUGUCCAAAAGGAAGCAGCGGUAUAAAACGAAUAGAAAGUUCUUGAUUCGUCGACAAACAAGUGUCCAAGUUCAAAAUAUUUGAAGUUCAGCAAGAGAGUUUUAGGACAGUGCUUUUUUGUGUUCAUUUUCUGCUUUUAAGUUAGUGCAUGAAGUGUAGACUCGUUUGUAUUUACAGAAGCAUUUUGUUUUUUCAAAUCGUUAAUUGCAAAAAUUGCACCCCUCUUAACCAAUCAGAUUGCAGUAAUUUUUUCAUGUACGUAAUAAAGAGGAGAAACGCUUGUAGUCUGCCCAAAGCGGCUUUUCAGAGCUAAUUACAUAAAAAAUUGUUGUCGACUAUAUGUUACUGAAUUAUGAAGCGGAGUGAUAUCAUUCUAUUGUCAACGACAAACUGUUAAAAUUAUAUGGACCAUGAACUAGAUGUUAUGUUCUGUGGAGAUAUCCUAAAUACACUGAUGUAUGCAUGCAUGUGUUGGUCUAUUUAUAAGUAAUAUCACAAUUGCAUGUAUCACUAAAUUUUUUUUAGUAAAAUUUCUGCAUAACUUUCCUGAAUUUUAGCAACAAUCUUAUAUAGGCUACAGCUAGCUUAAGCCAAAUAUAGUCAUGAUGAGCAUAUACCAUGGAACUUUUUUUCCAAAUCCUUACAAUGGAAACAGUAUUGAUCUUCGAGCUGCAUAGAAAUAGUAGGGCCUAUAGGAAAUCCAAUCUUCAUACCAAAUUGCAAUUUUCAUAUUAUGGAUAUAGUUAUAUGGACAUAGCUAUACUAUGGAUUUAGUAAUGCAAUUGUAAAUUCCAUAAUAAAAUUAUGUAUUUCGUUAUUUUUUUCAGUGAUAUAUAGAAUGAUGUUUGAAAUUCUAAACCUGUUUACGUGUGCAUGCACUUGCAUCAGUGUUGGAGAUUCAAACUUUCUAGAUACAGCUUGCUCAGCUGAAAUAUUUUGUGUUGUUGAAAGGGAUCAUCUUAGGCCUAUACAUAUGGUUUAUUGAUAACGUACUGUUUGUGAUUUCAUUCCAUGUUUUUAUUACUUGAUUAGCAAAAAUAUUCUCUGUAAUAACGUUCCGUUCAACGCCGACCAAAAGGACUCGUUCCUUGUUCCAGCGAAGAAAGCAUUUGGAGAAAUUUCCGGUUGGGACGAGACCACAAUCAAGACAAUUUGCUCAGUUAUCGAGAUUAUUCCACCUACUCAGAUUUUAAAACUUUCCGCUGAAGCGGUAAGAUGACUUGUUGAUAAUUAUGCGCCAAUUUAUUAUUGUUUUAAGGAUGAAUUUUAGUGAAAUAUUUAAUAAUACCUUGAGCUCGAGUAUGUGAGCUGAUGAGGUGCGUGGCACGGUUCGGCUAUUAGAAGUAUACAACGAGAUCGAAUGGUAUGCUAACAGGCAUUUACCGCAGCAAUAAUAUACUUUUCUCUGUUGUGUGUAUAUAGUAUUUUGACAGUUUGUUUAGCUACAAUCCUUGCUGGCCCAAACAUUUUAAAUGUGUUUGUUAAUAUGUUUUAAACCUUAAAGUUAAAUAAAUGGUUUAAGAACAUUAUUACUGAUAGAAAGCUUCAGAUAUUUAUGUAGAUGUUGAGAUUUACCGAGCACAUAUGUAGUCUGGUAACCAUCUUGUAAUACGAAAGUAGUCAACAGAGCAUGACAGUUACUGUUGUCAAUAAAGACCGGAAGAAGCGAGAAAUCACGAAACUAGUCAGUAAAGAGAGCGAAAGUUGUCACUAUAGAGAACGAAGAUAGUGAAAAUAGCAAGAACGUAGUGAACAGUGCAUAACAUAUGGUCAAAAAAGCACAAUAGAGCACAAAAAUAGACAAUGUUACAGUGUUCCAAUGACUUAACUAUAUUUAUAGUGAUCUCUUUUAUGAAAAUCUCGACACCUUUCUAAUGUACCAUUUUAUAUCAUGUAUCAUCUUCAAGGUUGGCAAGACUGUAAAGGUUCUCUCCAAGAACAAGUAUUUUGUGCCACAAACACGAGCUCUCGUUCGCAGGGUGAAAAAGGCCUGGGGCGAAGUAGACUCUUGGGAUGACGUGAAACUGAAAGAUCUAGGCAAGCUGUUAGAAGGAUUUGACAAGAAGGACAUUUCUAUGUUGAUUGACGAUACAGUCAAG